GAAGCCAAUCUAAAUUAGGUCAUAAGAUCGAUGGCUCAAACACCACCAGAUCCAACCCACAUUCUGCACAACCCAAGUGGACCAGUCACAGCUUUAACUACAUUUCGGACGAAGGAAGGAGGUGAAGAAACUCUCGUUAGUGGAUCAAAUAAUGGAGCCAAAAAUAUUUGGAAUUUACAGGUUUAUCGAUCACUCAAGACCUGGCAAGCUCACAGUGGGUCGAUUUUAUGAAGACCUGAUACAUAAUUUAAAAAAAUUGCAGUUUAUCGUUUGCUUGUCGAUCAUGAAGGGUUCUGCAAGUGCGACCUGUGGACAAACAUCAUAGCCAUCCCUACAGAGAAAAACUCUGUUCAUAUUUUCGACAUUAACGAGACAUCGUCUCUUGAACGAACAAGUACGCUGAAAAUAGAUGAUGGCGAAGGAGCUCUAAUGGCCAUUAAAUUGUUGGGGCAAGGGAGUAAAAUAGCAACCGCCUACGAAAGUGGUUGCAUUUGCAUUUGGAACGAGAACAUCGUACUCCAUCGAACAAGAGUCAAGAGCAUGCCAACCUGCCUAGGGCAUCAUGCCCAUCGUAAUGAACUUCUAUUAGGGACUUCAUGCGAAACCCUUUACAUCUUCAACGCAGACAACCUAACAGAGCUCAAAUCGAUUGCGUUGACCAAUCCAGGUUUGAACGUUAUGGCGCUCCGCCUAUCCGACCUUCGUAUCUACGCAACAGCCGGCUGGGACAAGCGGAUUCGCCUCUUCAGUGCUCGAUCUCACAAAAAGCUUUGCGUCCUUCAGCUUCAUGACGAGGCCGUCAACAGCUUGAUCUUCAUAGCGGGUCCUGGCAGCGGUUUGUUGGCUGCCGGAGGUAGCGAUGCUCUGAUAUCGCUCUGGGAUGUCUAUAACAGCUAGUGACGUCGGAGGCCACCAAAACCCUUGAAAGG